AGACUCCCAGCAUGCUUUGCGCACGGAAUGGCGGGCAGUAGUGGUUAACUGUUAUGCGUUUAUUCGUGUGUCGGUAAAAACAUUUAUUCACAAUGUCAUCGUUUGUGACCGAAGUGCUCGCCAGCUCAGGUAAACUGGAGAAGGAUGACCUCGCCUGCAAAAUCUCCAAACUGUCGCGAAAAGUGGAAGAAACUAAGGGAGAGGUUACUGAUAUGAUUAAUAAAAAAUAUACUGAGUUUAUACCCAGUAUGGAGGCAGCGGAGGAGCUGGUGGACCAGGUUGAAUCAGUUUCCAAAGACAUUGAUCUGUUAAAAAGCUGUAUUGAAAAUGAGGUUAAGCAGAACCUCCAUGAUGCAGUAACCGAGUAUGCCAAGCUGAAACAGCAGCUGGAGAGAAACACUGGUGUUAUAGGCAUGCUUCAGCAUCUCCAAGAGUUUGACACCGCAAUGGAGGAAUAUCACAGGGCCUUACAAGAAAAGAACUAUGUGGCAGCAGCCAAGCAGCAUGGAGUAGCACGGGCUAACGUUGAUGCCCUAAAAGCCUGGAAGGAUACAGAGCUGCCUUUACUUCGAGCCCUCAGCUCAGAGAUCACCAUACAGAGAGAGAACCUCAUCUAUCAUCUUGGAGAGGAGUGGCAGAAACUGGCAGUAUGGAAACUUCCUUCUACCAAAGAGCUCACUAGCAUGAAGUCCUUCCUGACGACAGCGCUUCAUUUGAACACAGGAGCAUCUAUGGCAGAUGAUUCUCUUCCUCAUCCUCUUCUUACCAGUAUUCUCCAGGCCCUCUCAGUUCAAGGAGAGCUCCAUAAAAAGAUCAAACUGUUUGGGCAGGUGUUGUUUAAAUACAUGCUGAAGCCUCUAAUCUUAUACCCGGCGUUGGUUGUGGAAGUGAGCAGUCAGCCUGAGCAGGGCACAAUUUUGAGUCUGCAGUGUGAAGAAACCAAAGCAGAACAUCCAAAUCCCAGCCAGGUUUACACCAAAGUGCUCACUGUGCUAAAGACACUACAUAAACAACUUUUUGAUGUCUUUGUAGGUGAAAAGAAAGUGUCUGAGAUAUUAGGGGAACUGAUUUGGGAGGAGAUGUCCGACUGCAUAAUUCGUGAAUGCUUGGUUCAUUCCAUACCGACUAACAGUAGUCAGCUAGCCGAGUAUAGUGAGGUUAUUAAACAGACUGAGGAUUUUGAGAGCAGUCUGAAAAAAAUGGGGUACCUCACAGGCGACUCAACAGACCUCUUGAAAUAUGCCAGGAACGUCAACUGUCAUUUCGCAAGCAAAAAAUGCCAGGAUGUCAUUGUAGCUGCACGAAAACUGAUGACAUCAGAGAUGCACAACACAGUGAAAAUCACUCCAGACUAUAAACUUUCCAUCCCUAAACUACCAAAUCCUCCUGGAGGGGAGAAGGAAAAGAAGAAGGAGCUGGUUAAGAAAGGUGGUUAUCAUGAUCAGCAAAACCUGGAGAAUGAGAAGCAGUUGGGUCAGCAGACACUGUGCCUGCCUGUGUGUCGCAUUAGCGAGUCAGUGCAGCAGCUAAUGGACUUGGCCAUACGAACUCUGUCUGAGGCAGUGGGCAGCUCCCCCCAGUGUGCAGUUCAACUUUUCUACACUGUCCGAAACAUUUUUCACCUGUUUUAUGAUGUCGUGCCUACAUAUCACAAGGAGAACUUUCUGAAGUUGCCUCACUUGGCUGCCAUCCAGCACAAUAACUGCAUGUUCAUCGCUCACCACCUUUUAACUUUGGGUCACCAGUUCAAACCUCAUCUUCCCUUGAAAAAUGGAGUGGCAUAUUUUGUUGACUUGGUCCCAGGAUUUAGAAGACUGGGUGCUCGAUGCUUUGUGGCACAAAUGAAUGUUCAAAAAGCAGAGAUGUUGGAGAGACUGUCCACGGCACGAAACUUUUCAAGCUUGGAUGAUGAAGACAAUUUCUCCGUAGCCAGCAAGGCUAUCAGACAAGUAAUUCAUCAGCUGAGGAGGUUGGGAAAAGUUUGGCAAGAUGUUUUGCCUGUUAAUAUUUACUGUAAAGCAAUGGGGACACUACUCAAUACUGCCAUAUGCGAGCUGAUUAAUAAGAUUAUGAUGUUGGAGGACAUCUCCAAUGAGGAUGGUGACCGUCUGCGAACACUUUGUCAAACCAUCAUUGAGGAAGGCCCACUGGUCUUCAUCCCAUUGCCAGAUGAAAACAAGAACAAAAAAUAUCAAGAAGAGGUUCCAGUCUAUGUAAAGAAAUGGAUGUCCUUAAAAGAGCUUUCGAUUGUGCUGAGUGCUAGUCUACAGGAGAUAGUGGACAGGUGGGCUGAAGGAAAAGGACCUCUGGCAGUGGAAUUUUCCUGCAAUGAGAUGAAAAGUCUUAUUCGUGCCUUGUUCAAGAACACAGAGAGGCGUGCAGCGGCCCUCACUAAAAUCGUCAAAUAGACACAAAACAGACCGAUGCACUUCCAACAUAACAAAACAUUAUAUGAGGCUUCUUGCAUUUACUGUAUUCUAUAUUUUUCUAUUUUGUUGAAAAUGCAUUACAAUAAAUGCUGUUCUAAGCACA